AUGACCGCCAAUACCAGCCCGUGUCACGGCGCUCCCGCCGAGCCCUCCAACGAGGACGAUCCUGCACCGGAUACUCAGUACUACAACCAUGAGGUAGCAGAUUCGUCGGCGACAUCGGUGCAUUCGCAUGAUAUCCCUUCGAGUUAUGGCUCGCUGUCGGAGGUGAAGCCCAAGGAGCCGCUUCCCAUGCAGAAGCGGCGCCGGGUAACCCGCGCCUGUGACGAAUGUCGCCGCAAGAAAAUCAAAUGCGAUGGGAAACAGCCGUGUACUCAUUGCACGGUCUAUAGCUAUGAGUGUACCUACGAUCAGCCUUCGAACCGGCGCAGAAACCCCGCCCCUCAGUAUGUCGAGGCUCUCGAGAAUCGUCUGCACAAGGCCGAGGCUCUCCUCCGCGUCGUCCUCCCCGAUCUGAACUUGGACGACCCCCAAUUCGAUGUGCAUGCGACAGAACAGAUGCUCACCACGAUCAAGAAGGAGAAACAGUCGCUGCCAGCCCCGCCGCCGCCCAUCCCAAGUGCGCCCAAACCGUCAACGGCUCCGGAACCCGCGUCGGAUGCUUUGGACGCGGGUGCGGGCGAUGAGUCGCUGCUGGAGUCUAUGGUCGAGAACUCCGGCUGUCUAGAUCUGGAUGACCAAGGUCACUGGGAUUACCACGGUCAUACCUCGGGUAUCAUAUUCCUGCGGCGGUUGCGCAAGCAGCUUGGAGACACAGAGAUGCAGCCACCCACCUUCCGCACGCCCCCGCUGCCCCAGAUCCUGGAGAGCCCCAAAUCAGUGUCUGAGUCGCCGUCCGAUUCUUCGUUACCCCCGACUCACGAUCUCCCCUCGCGAGAGGUUGCACGACAUCUGUGCCACCACGCCUUGUACGAGGGCUGCUCCAUGAUGCGUUUCGUGCACGAGCCCUCCUUCUUUACCAUGCUGGAGCGAAUCUACGAUACUCCACCGGAACAGUUCGGUAACGAGGAAAAUUGCUUUCUGCCACUUCUGUACAUCGUCAUGUCGGUGGGAUGUCUGUUCGCAGAUGACGGGGCUGGUACCCUGGAUCUUUCCGGCUAUGAAGGCGCCAUUGGACAUGGAUUCCAAUACUUCAAAGCCGGCCGGCAGCUCUUGGAUAUCACCGAUUGCCGUGACCUGACGUCGUUACAAGCCAUCUGUUUCAUGGUCCUCUUCCUACAAUCUUCUGCCAAAUUGAGCACUUGCUAUUCAUAUGUGGGAAUUGCGCUCCGUUCGGCGCUCCGGUUGGGUUUGCAUCGGUCGGUCACGGCUAAUUUCAAUCCGAUCGAGCGAGAGCUGCGGAAGCGUAUCUUCUGGGUCGUCCGCAAAAUGGAUGUUUACGUGAGCACGCUUUUGGGGCUCCCCCAGAUGCUGAGCGAUGACGAUAUCGACCAAGAGUACCCGAUCGAUGUCGAUGGACAAUUCAUCACAAAGGACGGGAUCUUGCCGAUGCCGUCCGAUUAUACCCCCUUGAUGGCGGGCUGCAAUGCCCAUACCCGCCUGUCGAACAUCAUCCUCAAAGUGGUGAAAUACAUCUAUCCGGUGAAGAAUGCUAUGCACCGCUCCAAGUCCGACCUGCGCUACAUGGUCAGCCACUCGAAGAUCCGUGAGAUUGAACGUGAUCUGCAGACCUGGAUGGAAGAAUUGCCGGCGGCUCUUCGCCCCGGGACCGAGGUGUCUCCCCAACUUGAACGGGUCCGCCAGCUACUGCGCAUCAGUUAUGCGCAUGUGCAGGUCGUCAUGUACCGUCCCUUCCUGCACUACGUCUCCAGCGGCUCGCAAGCCCGCGGCGUGGAUCGACGGUCCUACGCCUGCGCCGCCGCAUGCGUGAGUGUGUCGCGGAACAUCGUCCACAUCACGACUGGCAUGCAGAAGCGGGGGUUGCUGAAAGGUUCCUUCUGGUUCACCAUGUACACCACUUACUUCGCUAUCCUCUCCUUGAUCUUCUUUGUGCUUGAGAAUCCUGACUCACCGACGGCCAAGGAUGGCGUCUUGAAAGAUGCCAUGGAGGGCAAGAACACGUUGGCCGGGUUGGCAAAGAAAAGUCUGGCGGCCGAUCGCUGCUCCCAGAGUCUCAACUGCCUAUUCAAAAACCUUCCGGAACUCCUCAAGAACCGCCAGAGUUCCGUCAAGCCGGUGAACCUCAAGCGACCUGCCCCCACGCCGGUCACGCGGCCUGCUGCUGCCAACAUAAAGAACCCUUUGACACCCGAGAUGGGCCCCCCGCAGCGAGCUAGCACUUUCCCUCUUCAGCUUCUGACGCGCCCAAGCAAGGCUGAGGCGACUAACACGCCGAAGAGCCAGGACGACAGCGCGAGCUUUGGCAACAAAGGCAGGAAACCCCCAGUCCAUACCCCGACGUGGGUUCCAUCUCCGUCAGAGGCUGCAGCCGAGACGCCUGCAACUUCGGCCGAGCCUUUCAUCACCGACCAAGCCCGGGCGGCGACGACGACAACAACAGCAACAGCAUCUUCAAUGCCUAUGAUGCAGUCGUCGUCGUCGUCGUCGUCGUCGUCGACGAGACCAUUCUCUCCACAGCAGUUCAAUAACACCGGAAAUCUACUACCUGACCUCAUGCCUAUCAUGUUCCCGUCCGAUGACCCGUUCGCAUACCCCACGCAGCCGAUGUCUACCCUUGAAGAUGACCAUUCUCGGGCUGACGGGAUGGGACUUCAGCCAGGCAAUCAUGUGGGCUUUGACCAAACCCCGCACGGGCUGCCGGCGACCACGACGACUGACUUGUCGAUGGGCGCGGUGUCCACCCCGACGUUUGAUAACUUUGGCCACUUCCCCAUCUUCACGAACGGGAACUCAGCCGGGAUCAACGGCUCUCUGCCGCAUCGGGUUGCGCCACAGAAACAGCAGACUAUGAACCAGUCGCGACUGCAGUCCCCGGUCUCGCACGGCUCGACGCCCGGCAGCGGCGCCGAGGCGGUCAACAGCCCAGACCUGGUAUCCAUCCCCAACCAGAACUUCAUGUGGCAGGGAUACAACUUCCAGCCGCAGGGAUUCGAGGCAGACGGAUCUGCACAGCCGCCGAUGCCGACGACGAACGAGUCGCAUCACUUCGGCAUGGGGUUGGAGGAUAGCAAUGCCAUGGCCGGCGGGCUGGACCUGGGGCUUCUUCCGCUGGACGAUAUCUUCGGGAACGGCGACGUCCAUCGGGCGAAUGGGGGACUGGCCAAUGAUGACUGGAUCCAGUGGAUGAAUGUGGGAAGUUGA